CGGCAGAGUUUGCGGGUCCCAGGCGGGCGCGGCGGCUCUGCGGGCCGCGCCCCGCCCCCCGCCCCCCGGCGCCGCGGCCGAAGCCGGCCAGACGGCCGCGCCGGAGCCUGCGCACUGGGCCUCCAGCGCCACCAGCGGUUGCAGACGCGGCUGCUCGGAAGAUGGCGGAGCGUCCCGGCGCCGGCGGCAGCACAUCCCUGAGGGGGAUGCGCGAACGGAUGGUUGCUGCUGCGCAAGCCAUUGCUGAUGAAAGACGGAGUCAGAGUGGUUUCUGCUCUCUUCCAUCUCAGUCGGCAAAUAUAAGAUCAGCUUUUAAACCAGUAAUAGAUGGGUCCGUGCUUAAAAGUGUUGUGAAGCAGAGGUUGGCAAAGGAGCGUAGAGAGGAGAAGACAAGACAGCAAGAAGCUAAUAAGGAAACACAACUGCUUGAAAAAGAAAGAAAGUCCAGGAUCCAGUAUGAAAAACAGAUGGAAGAGAAGCAGCGGAAACUGAGAGAACAAAAAGAAAAGGAUGAGCAGCGGAGAAUAUCCGCCGAAGAAAAAAGGAAACAAAAAUUACAGGAAGAAAGGGAGAGAUUUAAAGCUGUUCUCUAUCGGACGUUGGAACGGAGCAACCGCGUUGAUCAUCGUCAAAAAAGAUGGUCAUGGGAAGGCUCUACAUCCACGAACCCAGAAACCAAAACUGCUAAUACACGUUCCGUAUCGACUGAAAAACUUGAACAAGAGACUUCUGGUUUACACAAACAAAUGUCUGUGUCAUCUGCAGGUCUUCAGAAUUCUGUUGCUAAGAAAAAAAUAGAAAAGAAGAGAAGCUCAUCCUUGAAUAGAAGAUCUAACAAACUGCAGACACCUGCAGACAGUGUACAAGUAGAAGAAAAACCAACUGCUCGACACUCGUAUACCAGUCUUCGGGAGAAUGAUUUAAUCACUCGCCUACUUGUCCCUACAAAAGCAUCAAUAGCCAGGAGCAAAAGUGCUGCUUCCUUGUCAGUCCCUGGGAAAGAUACUCCAGGCACCCACAGUACUUUAAUCCAGUAUAUAAACAUGCCCUUGCGUAGCCAUAGCAGUGACGAAUUGAAGAAUACCACAGUGCUUCGCAAGGCAGCAGUGGCAGGGCCUCCCCAGGAGAAGGUGGAAGUGGCCCCCCAUGUGAGUGUGGAAGCGGCCCCCGCGGCGAGCGUGGAAGUGGCCCCCGAGGCGAGAGUGGAAGCGACCCCCGAGGUGAAUGUGGAAGCCACCCCCAAGGUGAGCACAGAAGGGUCCUCUGAGGGGAGCAUGGAAGCAUCACGUGAAGCAGGUAUGGAAGCACUCCCUGAGAGCAUGGAAAUAUCUGAAGUGAGCGUGGACGUGUCGUCCCCCGAGGCGAGCGCGGACCUGUCGUCUCCCGAGGCGAGCGUGGACCCGUCCCCCGAGGUGAGCGCGGACCCAUCCCCUGAGGUGAGCCUGGACUCGUCUCCUGAGGUGAGCAUGGAUGCAUCCCCCGAUGUGAGCAUGCGAGUGUCAUCUGAGGCCAGUGUGGAAGCCAGCGUGGAAGUGGCUCCCAAGGCUAGUGUGGGCCUGUCACCUGAGACCACGGUGGAAGCAUCGCCUGAGGCCAGUGUGAAAGCACUCCCCAAAGAGGGUGUGGAAGCGUCCCCCGAGGCAUUCCCCGAGGUGGGCACGGAAACAUCUUCCCAGGUGAAAGUGAACGACUCUCCACAGAAAUCAGAGCUGGACAAACAGGCCUCAAAGCCCGCUACCAAGAAGCGCCCGGUGUCGCACAUACCGUGUUAUAAAUGGCCGUCUUCUGUGAGUGGGCGGCGCCCGCCUUCCCCUGUCACUGUUAACAGGCAAAUGCAAAAGAAUCGUCCCCCAUCACCGUCACCUGUCGUGUCAAAACAGUCACAGUCUCCUCUUUCCUAUAAAAUAAUCCCUGUUCAGCGUAGCCUUUUGGCACAAAAUGCAUUAGGUACUCUUGGAAAGAAAAGAGAAGGAGUGCCUAAAGCUGCUAACAGCUCCGAGGCUGUGAGCCAAAAGCAGAUGGUCUGUGAAGAGUCUAGUAAUAAAAGUACACCAGGGACUAUGAAUGCCAAGGAAGCAACAAAAAUUUUGGCAGAAAAACGACGGCUUGCUCGUGAACGAAGAGAUAAAGAAGAAAGAAUACAAAAGGAAAGGGGGCAAAGCAAAGUGAAGGACGUAGCAGAGAAAGCUGUGGAAGGCCAACAAGAAGAAUAUUUGAAACUGGAAGAAGGGCAACAACAGAAGGAAAUAAAGAAAGGAUGUCCAGAUCCAGAAGACCAGCAAGUGCUACUACAGAAAGGGGCCGCCAAAAUAAAAGCUCAGGAGGAGGCUGACAAACGCAAGAAGGAACAGGAGAGAAUUAUGUUACAGAAUUUGCAGGAGAGAUUAGAGAGAAAAAAGAGAAUUGAGGAAAUUAUGAAGCGGACGAGAAAGACAGAUUCAAAUGCCUCAAAGGCUGCAGAACCGGUUGUUGAUAACACGGACGAGGAGGACGAGGCGGACGAAAGUGACAACGGUUCCUUUGAUGACCUGCAUCCAUCAGCCUUUAUAAAUGGCAUGGAUUCAUCCACAAAACUCAAAACACAUUUUAAAAACAUGAAGAAGAACACUCCCAAGCUGGUGUUUUUAGACGCCACUUCUGGCCAAGUCCAUAGAGAGACAAAAACAUUUUUUAAUGGCGACAUGAAAAACUUCAGACAAAAAAGUGCGAAAGACCCUUUGGCUCAGGCAAAGGGUACCAGCUCGUCCAUCUAAAGAAUGACCAGCCGAGCAGCAAAAACCAGAAAGUCAGAUAUGUUAAACUUCGCGCAGCCCAGAAGAGAAUUCAUCUACUUUGGAUCUCAACUUCCAGACCCCCUAAUUUUUCUGCCUCUGACUUGAACCUGACUACCAAAAUGACCAUCAAAAACAGGGAAAACAUCA